GAAGUGCUGCAGUAGCCACAAAGUGAAAGUCAGACAAUCUUUUCUCAAGCAAUUUGAGUCGACUUCUUAGCGUUCGUGUGUGUGCGAGUGUGUGUGUGUGUAUUUGUGUAUGUUGUGGUCUUUGUGUGUGAAGCCGCUUCAAUAAAAGGCCAGGCCCCAAGUGGCAAAUGCUAAACAAACGUGCGGCAGGCAACAAAGCGGCGGCGAAGAAGAAGCAUUAAUCGCGCAUAAUUCAAAUAUUGUUAGCGCCGCAUUUUUUAUAAGGUGUUUAGCUGCGGUCCGCUAUGAAACGUGGCCAACAUUUGCAUAAAUACCAAAUGCCAAAACAAUUCUAAAUUGAAACUCAUUGAAAGCCAUCCAGAAAACCUUGACUUGAAUUUACAAUAUACGCAUCGAAAAUGGUGCGCGUAAUUGUAUCGAUGCUGCUGCUGAUGCUGUUAGCGGUGGCAAGCGCGCGUGGCGCCACCACCGGCGUCAUCAGCGAUGUGAACAACAUGUUGCGCGAUGCGCAAGCAACCAGCUCAGCUCCAGCCCUGUCCAGCACUGUCCCAUCCAGUGUGGAGCUGCUGCGCUUUGUCAACGAUGAGGACAACGAUAACGAAUCCGAGGAAAGCGAGCUGGGCCUGCUCUCAAAUGGCGCCCAGGUGUUGCAGCCACGCAGCAGCAGCAGGAGCAUCAGCAGCGGCAGCAACAGCGGUGGCGGCAACAAGGGUGAGCAGAGCCUGGAGCUGGGCGACCAGGUGCGUCUGCUGACGAAGCAACUGAAUGCGCUGAUGACGCGUCGGCGCGAGGAUUACGAGCUGCUGGAGCACAAUUUACGCAAAUCCCUGCGGCUCACCUCGAGUGCGGCCAGCGUGGAUGCGGAUAUGCGCAGCGAAUUGGAUCAGUUGAGAAUCGAAAUGCAAACGCUGCGUGCAACACACAGCGGCACCAAGGAGCGCCUGACUGUCGAGUGGCUGCAACAGUCGAUAUCGGAGAUACGCAAACAACUGGUCGAGCUGCAACGCACGGCUAGCAACGUGGCCAGGGAUGUGCGGCAUGGCGGGGCUGCCUACGAGGAUCUCGCCACAAUACGCAACGAUUAUCAGCAACUGAAACUGGAGCUGGCCGCUCAGCGCGAGCGACAGCAGCAAACCGAGGUGAUUGUCCAGGAGUUGCGCGAGGAGCUGCUGCAGCAGGAGCAGGAGCACAAGCACCAGCUAAACAGGCAGCUAAAUGCCAAGCUGAAUGCGAUGCCCAAGUCCUUGGAUCAGUCGGCCAGCAUUGAGGUGGAGAGCAACAGUCAGGAAGUCAGCCAUGAGUCAUUGUCGAGCAGUGAGCUGGCCGAUCAUAGGCGUCGUCAUUGCCGCUUCCAGCAGGAGCAGAUACACAGCUUGCAGUUGACGCAGCGCAACUUGCGGCGCCAGAUGAACGAGUUAAAGUAUCAUCACAUUGACGAGAGGGUGCGCAGCAUUGAGCUGGAGCAGCAUCGCAUCGCCAAUGCCAACUUCAAUUUGAGCCGUCAGAUCGCAACGCUAGACAAGCUGCACACCUCGAUGCUGGAGCUGCUGGAGGACGUGGAGGGACUGCAAAGCAAAAUGGACAAGAGUAUACCCGAACUGCGUCAUGAGAUCUCCAAGCUGGAGUUCGCAAAUGCACAAAUCAGCUCCGAGCAGAAUCUGGUCCGCGAGGAGGGCAAGAACGCUGCACGCUCCCUGCAGGCGAUGGCUGUUAGCGUCAGCGCUCUCCAGGACGAGCGCGAUGGUGUCAAGAAGCUGGUCAGCACUGUGGAGCAGCUGCAAACAAAUGUGGAUCGCGUUCAAUCACUUGUCCAUAACGAGCUGCACAAUAAGCUUUCACACCUCAACAAGCCGCACAAGCGUCCGCAUUAUCAGCAGACGGGCCAGAACCAACCGCAGGCGUCAGACCUGAGAACUGAUAGUGAGCUGGCCGAGACGCUGGUGGCCGAAUUGGAGAACGUUGAGGCACAGUAUGAGGCAAUUGUGAAUAAGCUGCCGCAGGACUGCAGCGAGCUGUCGACAAAUGCGGAUGGCCUGCACCUAAUAGCGCCCGCCGGUCAACAUCAUCCGAUGAUGACACACUGCAGCGGAGAUGGGUGGACGACAGUGCAGCGUCGCUUUGAUGGCAGCGCCGAUUUCAAUCGCUCGUGGGCAGAUUAUGCUCAGGGCUUUGGAGCGCCGGGAGGCGAGUACUGGAUUGGUAAUGAGCAGCUGCAUCAUCUGACACUGAACAACUGCACGCAGCUGCGUAUCCAAAUGCAGGACAUCUACGACAACAAUUGGGUGGCGGAAUACAAGCACUUUUAUAUAUCGUCCCGAUCGGAUGGGUAUCGGCUGCAUAUUGGCGAGUACAGUGGUAAUGCAUCGGAUGCACUUAAUUAUCAGCAGGGCAUGCAGUUCUCGGCGAUUGACGAUGAUCGCGAUAUAUCACAGACGCACUGUGCUGCUAACUAUGAGGGUGGCUGGUGGUUCUCUCAUUGCCAGCACGCCAAUCUCAAUGGGCGCUACAAUCUCGGCCUGACUUGGUUUGAUGCCGGCCGCAACGAAUGGAUUGCGGUCAGAUCAAGCCAAAUGCUGGUCAAGCGCCGCCCCAGCGACGAGUGUGCGCCAAGCAAUGGCAAUGAGGCGCCUCCUCAAGUGGCAACAACCACAGCAGCCAACGAGCCAACGAGCACACGGCCAACCACUGUGGUGCAGUUCGUUGCCUCUGCGCAGGCGUAAGCAAGCAGCUGCCAACAGCCAGCUUGCUAGCCACAGUGAACCACCAGAGCCAUGCCUACUAUAGUUUGGAGUGCGUGCGUGUGAAACACGCUCAGUGUAAAGUAAAAAAAAAUAUACAAAAAACAAAAAUACAAAAAACAAAAAUUAAGAAAAAGAAAUAAGAAAAAGAUAAGGAAACUCGCUCUAGCUAAUUAAGUAGUUUUGAUGCGUGUUUCUUGAUGUGUUUCUUGUGUACAUAGCUAACCAUUUGUCUAAGUUGUAGUUAAUACUAUCUCAAUAGAGCUUACUAGCCUCGACAAAAAAUUCCACAAAAAACGAGAAAAAAAAACAAAAGAAAGUAAAAGAAAGUAAAGAAAUGUGCUUAACAAUAGAGUACACAACGUGUAUGCGUAAUCUAGUUAAUCAAGCAACCUGUCCAUGGAUAUAUGCAACCCGUACAUAUUUGUUUUGUCUUUCAGCAGAUCUCUUAGAGGCAUAAGUUCACGCAUACACAAAUGUUUUGAACUCCCCGCUCCCCAAGUUAAGCAAAUAUCUGAAAACAUAUUGCCGCCAUUCUAUUUGGGCAUAUCACGAGCAAAACAAAUAGGUGCGUGUAUGUCUGCAGUUAUUUCCAUAAUAACGUUAGCUCUAAGUCAACGCCAGUCUAGUUUAGGCAUCUCAGACAAAUAAUAAAUAUACAUAAAUGUCAACACUCAGACACACAAAGUACGCAACCGAAAAAAAAAAAGAAGAAAAAAAACCAAAAAAAAAAUAAAUAAAAAUGAAGUCGAAGCUUUUAUGAAAUUUGUGAAUUUUUAUGUGAAACUUUGUGUGCUUCUGUGCUCUAGUGUUUAAAUGUUAAGCGUCCAUAUCAAGUACAUUGUGAAGGCUUGAAACAGUCAUUAAGUAUAGUUCUAAUGGUAAUUCAAAGUUGGUAUGUGUAAUUGUUUUAUUAUGAAUGUUAUCAGCAGAUCCUAUCCCUAUCGUGCUUGCUAACAGUUACAGAUCUACAAUCUGCACAACCAUUUGUCAGCUUCACUCUCAUUUUGGUUAAGUUAUGCAACAACCAACGUAAAUGCCAAAGAUAACGAGAACAACCACAAACUCAAUAAAAACCAAUAGCAGUAAAGGGAAAUACUCGAAAAUAAAAAAGAAAAAAUAAAAAAAAAAAC